AAAACUAAUACAAAUAUUAUUUUUGUUUGAUUUACAGAAUGGCUGCUAAGGUUUCCGUCGGAUCUAAGAACAAGAAGAAGUGGUCGAAGGGUAAGGUCCAGGACAAGGCCAACAACUCCGUCUACUUCAACGCCGAGACUCUUGCCAAGCUCGAGAAGGAGGUCCCCGCCUACAAGCUGAUCACCCCCUCGGUCCUUGUUGACCGUCUGCGCAUCAACGGCUCCCUUGCCCGCCGUGCUCUGAGUGACCUUGAGGCCCGCGGCUCCAUCCGCCUGAUCUCUGCCCACAACUCGCAGCUUAUCUACACCCGCGCCACCGCCCCCGUCGUUGUCGAGGCCUAAAGCAUUUUUUAAAACUUGUAAUAAAUUACAUAUUUCUUGUUUUCUU